AUGAGCUUCUCUGUACAAAGUCAGAGAAAAGUCAGAAGAAGAAGAAGAAGAAGAGAAGAGAGUCAGAGACGACGGACGGACGAAACGACGCGAUUCUUAGGGUUUCUUCGAUCGUCGAUUUGAUUUUUUCCCUUUCUUUCUUCUUAUUCUUUCUCGGUUGAAGAAGAAGAUAAAGGAUCGAUACAUGGCUGAUUGAUAAGAGUUCUCUCCGGAGGUUCGGAGUUUUCUUUAGGAAGGAAACAGAAAAAAAGAUGGCAGUCUCUUUUCCUCGUCUUCCGAGGUGGUUGUGUGGUGGUAACACUAAAGAGAGAGAGAAGAAAGAGUCAAUGUCUAAAGGAUCUUCUUCGCUGAGUCCUUCACUGAAGAAGACUACUACUAAGACUGGCUCUUCCUCUUCAUCGGUGAAGAAGACCAAGAGAGGAUGGAUUGGAAGAGGAGGAUCAGGAUCAGGAGAAGAGGAUAAGAUGGGGAAUGUGGUGUUUCCUGAACCAGAUGAUCCAGAGUGGUCAAUUGGUUGGGUUGAGCCACAUGGACCAGGUUUUAAAACUCAGGAGGAUGAUUGUGGUGGCUUUGUGGUUUUGGUUCCUCUUUACAAGAAAGUGUUGGAUGGUUCAGGGAAUCAGAUUCCGAAUGGCUUCUUCUCUCCUGCUGCUCCUGAUGGGAAGAACAUGGAACAGUGGCUGUCGUCUAUGGGGAAGCUAUAAACUGGAGAUUGGGAAGAAUAAGACUAUUUCCCUGUUGUUUCAGUAUCAGAAUUAAGAAUCGAAUAAUCUAGAAAAAAAAAAAGGAAAAAAAAAAAAAGAAAGAGAAGCAAGAUAGCUUCUGGAGACUUCUUUUGAUUUUCUGUUCGAAGCGAGUGACAACAAAACACCAAGUCAUAUCUCAAGAAUCUACUAAUGGACAAAGAUGAUGGUGAUGGAGACUUAGCAACAUGAAGAUGAAUAUGAUAUGAUUUGAGUAUUGGAUAUUUUUCAUGUGGGUUUUUUUCGGUUGUGAAAGCGUUUCUGCUUCACUUUUGUGGUCGAGAUAUAUUGGGUUUGGAAAAAAAAGAGAAAAAAAAAAAUCUUUUUCUUUUGUUCCUUUGUGGUUUGAUGAUGUGUAAUAGUAGUGUACAUGUACAUAUUUUGUUUUCUUGAA